GGUACCAUUCGGCUCUGGCGUAUCCUCAUCUCGGAGUCUGUAUACCUCGUCUGGAAAUUGCGAAAUGAACGCGUCAUUCAGCACGGGAAUGUUGCUGGGUGGCAGCACUCACGCCGGGAAGUAGAAGAGCGCUGGCUCCAAGUCCUGAAUGUCCGGCUCGCUUUAGACCGGACGCUCACGAACCCCCGCUAUAAACACUCCUCAGUCUCAGCGGACCUGGUCGACGAGACUUGGCGGGGCACGCUCGUGAGCACGGGACCAAUCCCUAACGACUGGAUUUUCAAGCCUGGGGUUUUAGUGGGUAUACGCAACGCGACACGUGCCGGACCUGACCCCGGCCUGCGGAGUCCCACACUGGCCUUGUCGGCCGUGCGUAAUUAG